GCUCGCUGGGCAACAAGUCUCCGCCCUCCAGACUCCGACAACCAGGACACCCAGCGACACCACCCCCAGUUCGACAGCCGGCCAAUUCAGUCAAAAUGGUCAACAUUCCCAAAACCCGCCGGACGUACUGCAAGUCCAAGGAAUGCAGGAAGCACACCCAGCAUAAGGUCACCCAGUACAAGGCUGGAAAGGCCUCGCUAUUCGCACAGGGAAAGCGUCGUUACGACCGUAAGCAGAGCGGUUACGGUGGUCAAACGAAGCCUGUUUUCAGGAAGAAGGCAAAGACGACAAAGAAAGUUGUUCUGCGGUUGGAGUGCACAGUCUGUAAGACCAAGGCCCAGCUGGCUCUGAAACGAUGCAAGCACUUCGAGUUGGGUGGUGACAAGAAGACAAAGGGAGCGGCUCUUGUUUUCUAAGCUUUUUAAUCCAAAUCUUAUCCGUUGUCCUGGGUUUCUAUCCGCCUUUUUCCAUUUCUCUUUCUCUUUUUUUUAUAUUUUUCUGUUCUCCUUUUAGCAUUUGUGGGCACACACGCUCUGUAAAUAGAGCGGAUGGUUGAAAUUCUAAAAAAAAUGAAAAUGAAAGUCAUGAACAGUCCCUGAUUUUUUAUUUUAUUUUACACGACACACCCUUUCAUUUUUUCGCUGAUCGUUGUUCGUUUUACCUUCUCCCGCUCAUGACCAAAACCAGACGUAGACAGUCCGCAGGGUUGUCUAGAUGCCGAACACGUCGAUUGGUGAAGCACGUACCGUCUCUCGCGGCCUAGGGGGGCCUAUUUCCUGAUAACAUAUGGGAUACGCCGACAUCGACUUGGUGGCUUUAUCCAAAUCCAUAUCUCCGUCUGUCCCCAGAAAUAUAUAUAUCCGACAGCUUAUUCCUACACCCAAAAUUGUUCUUAGCUUCGCUCUCCGUCAUCGCUGCGCCGUCUUCGCUCUCAGCUCUUAGCCCAUUUUGAUCAAGCUGGCGCCGGAAAUUCUUCCUAGGACAGAAGGAGCGAUGAACGGUACCUUCCCACUUCGUAUAUGAGGGUUUUGAAGGUCAGAAGUCGCGACUCAAAAAGCGAUAUAUACAUUCAGAGCCGCACUUUCCUUCAAAACUUUUGACCAAAAGAAAAUCUCGGAAGAGGAAAAAAUAAAUUACCCUGCAUUCCCUAUACAUUUUAGGGGACAUGCGUGCAUGAUGACGGGGAUAGGGACGUGGGGGGAGGCGGAGACUCUCGGACAGGGACAUCAUCAGUAGUACUGACUUGAGUGAAAUGACAGGUCCAUAAUAUUAUCUGACAUCCAGAGGGGAUUAUGGCUUUGAGGGGGUUAUGUUUUGUAGAAGAGUUUCUGCCGUAUAUAUGCCAUGCCAGCAGAAGCAGAGCAGAGCAGCUCGAAUAGUUUUAUGACUUCAACAAUUUUCAAAUCUCAGUGGACACUUUAUUAGGUACCUAGCGCAUCUGUUUGUCUAUCAAUAGGCAGAUGGAGAAUGCGUACAUGAGAGAAAUUAUUAAACUCCCGUAGUGGUUUGGAAUGAGAAAUGCACAACGAUCCCUUUUGCAUACUCAUUCGUGCUCAUAGGAAAACCUCUCAAUAAAAUAGCUUUGUGAAAGAGUAUCUCUCUUCUCUCUGCGGAUUACACGUUCAUAUUACGUAUGCCCCCUCUUCUCUCAUCUCGAAUUAUACUAUGUAACAUCUUGUUUAUAGAUAUCUCCCUCUUAUCUCACAUCUCACAUCUAAUCAUUCAUUAUAUAUAGAUAGAUAUAUACCUAUUAAACCAAAAGAGGGGGAAGAGAAAGAUAGUUACAAGGUCUGAUUUUAUUUGAACAAGGAGAAAGAAAAUAUACAUCGAAAUCGAUGAAAAGGAUUGUGUGUUGGACCUUGCCGUGUGUGGGGGUUGUUGGAGGUAUAAAGGGAAAAAAAAAAGAAAAAAAAUCACCAGGGAAAUCUACCCGGUUUUCCGUUCUAUAUAAUGGUUAGGUUUGGUUAAACAGCCCGAGUAGUUGUGUCAUUGACUGAGUCGAAAAUGCAAGAAUAGGAAAAUGA